CAGCUCCUCCCCUUUAGUCUUGCACAGGUGUACUGGCUCCUCCCCUUCAGUCUUGCACAGGUGUACCGGCUCCUCCCCUUCAGUCUUCCACAGGUGUACCGGCUCCUCCCCUUCAUUCUUGCACAGAUGUACUGGCUCCUCCCCUUCAGUCUUGCAUGGGUGUACCGGCUCCUCCCCUUCAGUCUUGCACAGGUGUACCGGCUCCUCCCCUUCAGUCUUGCAUGGGUGUACCGGCUCCUCCCCUUCAGUCUUGCACAGGUGUACCGGCUCCUCCCCUUCAGUCUUGCACAGGUGUACCGGCUCCUCCCCUUCAGUCUUGCACAGGUG